AAGCAGAGUGAUUGAAACAACUGAUUUUAAAAAAAAUUAUAUUGUUAAUUUAACCCCUGCAAGCUCUUGCAGUUGAAAGAUGAAAUCGAGGUGUAGAUUACAAUGAAGACAACUACUCGACAGGUUAUUUUUCCGGUAAAUUUGUCCACAUCUCUUAAGGGAAUCACACAUAUUCUCUCGAUAUGCGUUGCGGCGCAAAUGGCAGAAGUCUUGAUUUCAUAUUAAGGUACCAAUUUAAUUAAUUUAAUCGCUAUCUGCUUUCAGAAAAGUGACGAUGCGCUCAAAUGUGAUUAAUACACAAUUGAAUAUUCGCUGUUUUCCUUUUUCGUCUUUGUCAGGUGUCACUUUUCAAACCUAACAGUCAAAAUCCACGCGGUAAUUGAAAUCCUUGAAAAACGUGGUUGGAGUUCAGAUCCCUUUUAACCUGAUCGAAAGCAAAUACAGGAACUUUUAUAAAGAUGCUGCUUCCCACAGAGAUUUCCUUUAUUCAUAACAUCUACUUAAUUUCUGGGCCAUUUUCCAAUCGUAUUAAUAAUAAAUGUUUGUCUGAGGCGGAAUGUUAAAUGUGUAAUUUGCCUAUCGAAUAAGAGGUUUUCCUCUGUGCAAAUAUUUUACUAAAUUCAAAUUCUGCAGUGAAAGGAGAGGGGAAGUGGUUAACAACAGAAGCACGCGAACAAGAAACGUCAAUCUAUGAGAGUGAAGGACUUCAUUGUGGCGGGAAAUGAAUGAUCUUGGCACUGGAAACACAACCUCGCCCCCGAAUAUCUACGCAGGCGAUUCGCCUAUAGAGAAAUCUUUUAAAUGUUUAGCUUAUGGUGUGGUUGUUGCACUGUCUGUCAUCGGUAACACAUUGAUUAUCUUUGCCUUUAAGCUUAAUAUUGAUGGAAAACUCCGCACGGUCAAUAAUACGUUCAUUGUGAGCAUGGCUGCUGGAGACCUUCUUCUCACAGUGGCUAGCACGCCAGAGAGAAUCACAAGAAUUCUGGCUAACGAGCGAUGGAUUAUCCAUGGAAACUGGGGAAUAUUCUUGUGCAAGACGACCAACUACAUGGAGAAGCUUUGUAUGAACGUUUCAGUGAUUCAUCUGGCAAUGAUUGCUAUAGACCGGUUUGUGGCUGUUUGUUAUCCCCGGAGGAGAAUCAUUACAGCGAAAAGGGCUCGCUUUAUUAUUGCAACCGCUUGGUUUGGUUCAGCUGUUUAUUGUGUCCCUCUGUUUUAUUACGCAAAUUUGUUAGUGAGCAAUGAGAAUGUUUUCUGUAAAACGCGACAUUUUUUUAUCAACUGGCGAAUUUGGUAUUUGUUUUUCCUGUCAUUGCUCGUGCUAACACUGCUUGUUGUGGUCGGACUUUACGCUGCGAUUAUUAUUCGUCUCUGGCGUGGAGAAAGAGGACCCAGAAUUCGGAUGUCAUUCCGAAGCCGUACAAACGCGCGAAUCAACGUCCGUGUUCUCAAAAUGGUAGCCAUGAUAGUUUUUGUAUUUUACUGUUGUAUUUUACCCUACUGGAUCGGCUGGGUAUUCUGUUCGUAUUAUCGCAACGACCUCAUUUGUAGCGACACCUACGUGUUCGUGGUAGUUUUUCUGAUGUAUUCCAACAGCGCAUUCAACCCAGCGAUUUACUCGUUUUUCAACCAUAAUUUUCGUCGGAGCUUUCGUUUUAUUCUAAACAAGCUGUGUAAAUGUUGUUUUACCAACAGAGCGCUUUACAUUCAGCCAGAACCGAAACCAAUUUACGUCAUUGGCAGAGGUUUGCAAGAUUGUGAGGGAACCGACAAGAAGACGGUGCAAUUCAUUUCCAUCCAGAAUCUACAGUGACAUUGACAUGAAAAUCAGCAAUUUGCGCAGUAGAAUUUGUUAAACUUAUCCUGAAAUUUCUUGCAUUAAAACCAACAGGGAACGAAAUUAUGCUACUUAGAAUGAAAUGAAAACGAACCUCCUUGAUGAUCCUAAAGCAGUUUUGUCACCCGAAGUUUUUCGUCGUAAUUGCAUCGUAUGUAUCAUGGAGGUAAAAAAUCACUGAGCGGUCCGGGUUGAUUGGCGAUACUCCUGAGUGUAUGUAAUAAAUACUAAUCAAAAUUUGAACAGUUUUGUUAGAAGUCAUGAGAAAAACUAACGAAUUGACAAAUACAUCAUGCUCUCUGAUAUUUAGUAGGAUUUGAGAGCAAAUACGAAACAGCCUGAUUAAACUAAUUCGAACGACGUGGUUGCAAUUUAGUGAAAGACGAAAUUUGCAAAAAAAAGUUGAAAAUCCUUUAUGAAUGCUGUUUAUUAUUGGGAUUGCAGACUUAACAGAGAUUUAUAUUAACAUAAAACCCUUAACAUAAUUUGAGUUCAAAAAAAUAUUUAAAUCGCCAUUAUUGAGUUUCAAUCUACAACUUCCUGUUUACUAAUCCUUACUGUUAUUAGAGUUCAGUCGUUUCUGUUUCUAGAGUUGAAUAGUUCCACCAUUGCGUUGUGUAUCAAAAUAAAGCACACUCAAUUAAGGCUUGAACGAGUAGAAUAGUUUUUCGCCGUUUAAUUCUAUCUGGGCCUUAGGCCGCAAAAGAGGCGCAAUUUUUUUUCCGUUUUUCAGGCGAACGCAGGCAAACUCGAGGAGAGCACACGCGCGAGUCACGCGUUGGGAGUGAGGCACACAAAAAAAUGACAAACAAGAUACCGGUAGUUUUUCGUUUUUGCGCCCCUCGCGGGCGAUUCACACUUCGCGUCAGCCACGCGCUUGCCUUGGACUUAAAAAAUGCAAAAGACUAUCACGUCUGUCCUGCGGGCUAUUUAGACCUUGUUAUACUCUUCAGGAGAAAAUGAAAAUAAGUGGUCGUCUUAUUUCCUUUUGGUUUUCAAGUCUGACAAACAUUGGUGUGUCAAUCUUAUUACUAUUCCUAAUUCUGGUUUUCAAAGCGUGAAGCACUAUUUCUCAUGAACAGGAUGCGAUUCUGUCGCAAAUAGCAACCCAGCAAUAUUCGCUGGUACUCUUCGGCUGAGAGAAACGCUGUACGAUUGAAGUGUCUCGCCUAAGAACACAGCACAGUGACCCUUCCAGGGCCCAUACUCGGUCCUCUCUUUCUGAAGUCCUCGGCACUAAACUACCGGGUUUCCUACUUAAGGCUCACGAGUUCCAAAAAAAAAAAAA